AGAAACAAGACCAAAGACAGACCAGAGGACAGUCCACACGAGAGAGGCAUGUGGAGGGAGAUAUCCGGGGAGUUCGGCUCGUUCGUCCAGCAUUGAUUUCACGUCACAUAGUCAGUACUAGCAUGGUGAAACAACGCGGAGUGAACCGUCUUCCGCGACACUAGUGUGGAGGGGAACAAUUUUAGUGGAUGGUCGUUGUUUGUACUUCUGGGUACUGAGCAGUGGAGUGAAACUGGGAGGGAAGUCACCCCACACGAUUUUGACAUGAAGAAAGACAUAGAUGCCCUGAUAACCGAGGAACGCGCUGAAAUCAUCAAUAAGUAUGACAAGGGCAGACAAGAGGGUGUCGACAUUGACCCCUGGGAGGAUGCAGACUUCAGCAUCUAUAAAGUCACAGACCGAUUUGGAUUCUUACAUGAGAAGGAACUCCCAACUCCAAGCGCACUUGAAGAGAAGCAAAAGCAGCAAGAGAUUGAGCGAGUGGAGAAAUGGCUGAAGAUGGUGAAGAACUGGACCAAGUACAAAAACAGUGAAAAGUUGGUAAAGAGAGUGUACAAAGGCAUCCCUCUCCAGCUCCGAGGUCAGGCCUGGGCUCUGCUUUUGGAUUUGGAGAAAGUGAAACAGGACAACGAGGGAAAGUAUGAGAAAAUGAAAAUACAGGCCCGGAACUUCUCCACAGAGAUCAAGCAGAUUGACUUGGAUGUGAAUAGAACCUUCAGGAACCACAUCAUGUUCAUGGAUCGCUUUGGAGUCAAGCAGCAGGCCCUGUUUCACGUCCUAGCAGCCUACUCAGUCUACAACACGGAGGUGAGCUACUGCCAAGGCAUGAGUCAGAUCGCGGCCAUCUUGCUCAUGUACCUGAAUGAGGAGGAUGCUUUCUGGGCUCUGUCUCAGCUCCUCACGAACAACAAACACGCCAUGCACGGAUUCUUCAUUCCAGGAUUUCCUAAACUUCACCGUUUCCAAGCCCACCAUGACCUCAUCCUCUCCAAAAUGCUGCCUAAGCUAAAGAAGCACCUGGAUAAAGAGCAGAUGACAACUGGGAUUUACACCACCAAAUGGUUUCUGCAGUGCUUCAUUGACAGAAGCCCUUUCACCCUCACGCUGCGACUCUGGGACAUCUACAUUCUGGAAGGAGAUAAGAUGCUGAACGCCAUGGCUUAUACCACUCUAAAGCUGCACAAAAAGCGGCUACAGAAGCUUCCGUUGGAGGAUCUGAGGGAGUUCCUUAUAGAAGAGCUGGCAGUUUCCUUCUUUUUACCAGACGACGUGGUGGUUGAACAGUUACAAGCGUCUAUGUCUGAACUGCGGAGUAAAAAGUUGGACCAGCCUCCUCCAGCAAAGUCCGAGGAGCUGCCAAGAAAACCACUGGGUCAAGAGAGACCAGUUCCCAACCACCCCGACUCUCCUCUCGAAGUCAAACUCAGCCUGCAAGAACAUAGCCCCUCCAGCCCCGUACCCCAACCAACGGACAACAUCACGUUACACCCGACCUCCUCUCCUGUGGAAACCAGUGACAGCAGAAGCAUCACUCCCUCUUUGACUUCUCCAGACUCUGUUGUAGUUCACACUGAAAGCUCAGACGAGGCUCCUUUAAAGCCCAGUAGAGUUCCUCCUUUACCGCCAAAACAAUCUAAACCUUCAGCCAUUUUAGCGGCGGUUCAAAGCUCACAACCAGAGGAGAACCAGAGCCAACAAAGCACCCGAUCUCAACUUAAGGAACUUCAAGAAGAGCCUGUAGAGUGGCCUCCUCCGUAUGAGCCACCAUCUUUGGACUGCAUUCCCACACAAGCUGAGAUAGUAGACCUACCAGAACUUCCACCUCCACCUUUUUGUUUCCCAACUCCACCUCAAAAACCAGACUUCCAGAUCCAGAGUUCUUCACCUCGGACUCAAGCAAAGCCUAAAAUCGGACCGAAGCCUAUCACAUCCUUGGACAUCCUACAGAAAAAACCUUCUCCAACUCGUGUUUUCACAACCUCUUCGGCGUCGUCUUCUCCGCGGGUUCCUCCAAAGCCGACCAAAUUCCCAGUUUCUCUGUAUGUUCCAGUUAACACAGGAGACCGAAGACCCUCCAAUACCUCCCAGUAUGACAACCUUUCCGAAGGCGAUGACGAUGACCGUUUCAUCGAGAGACUUUUGGCGGCAACUCCAGAGGAAUCACCCAAGAAUCUUCACACGUUUAACAAAAACUAUGACGGCGUCGCCUGUUCUGUUUCUCCGCCGCCGAUGUUCAUUCCGCCUUCUCCGAACCCAUCGUUUCGCUCCAUGUCCACUGAACCCCUGAGCGAGCGGGACGAAAGGUGGGCAGAAGAUCCGAUGAACACACCCCCUCCUCUGUCAACUUUCGCCGAUAGAGUGACUCCGUUUCAGUGUGGCGGGCAUAGCUGUUCGGACAUUCACAGAGCAGCCUCGCCGAACUACUCCAAAGCGUUCUCCAGGGGACCCAGGGACCACUCCGCCUUCCCCGCUCCCCUCCUCUACACCGGGUCCCCCCCAAAAGCUACAGGUCAGCCCUCCGUUGGCGUCCCGCUGGUCAGAUCGAACCCAGACUUUUGCCGGAUGUCUCCAGGCGUCCAGCAAAUACCCAAAUCAGUGACUUUUGGAUAAUGACUUUGUUUUUACUGCCGUUUGAAAGGUUAAUGGCCAGUAUUUUUCUAUUAAAAAAGACAACGUGUGUUUGCAUGCGAAUGAGAAACCUUUAAAUAAUGUGUAAAUAGUUAGUAAUACCUGCCUGCCUCAUAUUUUAAGGGCUUAGAGAAAGAAAAGGGAGAAAUUAGAACAGUAUAUAAUGUAAACUAGUUUGAAAUACAUUUGAAAUCUCAAUUUUCACAAAACAAUUAUGGCCAAAACAGCAUUUCUUUACACAUUAAUAACUUGGGUAAAAUUUUGCAAGAUAUUUUAAGGGAUUCUAGGCAGAUUAAUGCACAUUCUUCCUCUUUGCACUGAAAUCCUGAAAGAUUUUGUUGUUGCUAUUAUUACUUAAAACAUGCUGUCUGUUACAGGUUGUUAAUAAGACUUUAUGAAACCACUUUUGAUUGAGGUUUGGUUAAAAUAGCUUCAAUAAUCUAGUCAUAGCCAUCGUACAAUAAUACACAUCUGUCAAACCAAUCAGAGUGAGCAGCAAGUAGCAAUUUAAGAGCUUUGUGGUGGUUUUUCAGUUUCCUCCAAGCACCCAAAACCUUUUCAUUCUACUGGUGCUAUAAUGUUAAAGUGCUUAUGACAGGUUGGACUACACACAGUACCAAAAACCUGUUACAACAAAAUAAAAAAAAUCCCAGUUUGGCCAUUGUUUUGGUUUCAAAUUUCACUUCCCGAUUGGAAAUUAUGACACCGCACUAGAGAAUUACAUAACGGUUACCUAGCAAUGCUUCUCUAAUAUACACAGAAAUUAUGUGACAAAUAAAAUGUGUUUUUAUUUAGUUGAAAUAGUAUUUAAAGUAUCAGGAAAAAAAUACUGACUGUGUAAAUUGUACCAAACUUUUAGACUAUCCACUUCUUGUAAUUUUGAGCUGAUUUUUAAACUUUUCUCCACAAAUUGCUUCUUGAUUGGUUUAAAACUAUAAUUUAUAUUUACAACAGGUAUUAUCCCACCAAUUUAAUAGAAAUUAGAGAAUCGUCAUACGCACUUUAACUGUAAGCAUCUUCGAGGUUUGUGUAUGUUUGUGUUAGUACCUGAUUGUAAAGAACCAUUUAACUAGAAAACCCCAAAGAAUUACUUAUUUAGAAAGCGUUUAAACUAGAGGAUGUGGUGCAAUGUUUUUAAAAAUGCACUAUGUCAUUUCUUCUUUCUAUGGAGAUGUCAUUGCUCUGCCUGAAAUGUUCCACAGUGUGACAUUAAACAGCUCUACCUUGCAUUUAUUCAAUUACAGGUGGUUUUAUAGCUCAAAAAUCCCAAGAAAAACAGGUAUUCUGACAGUGAGCAGUCGCCUCUCCACAGAUCUGACCUGUAACUUGGUCUGGUUUGCUUUCCCAUGAAGACAGAAAGGUUUAAAGCCAUACUGUGAAACAUUCCAGGCAAAAAAAAAAAAAAAAAAAAAAAAAACGUCUCAAAGAAGAAAGCUUUUAACGAACCCUCCACUAGAAAAGUUACACAAUGCACCUUUAAGUCGUGAAGAUUCUAUUGACUGUUACUGACAUUUAGUCGUUUUACUCUUAAAUCAUUAUUUUAUUUUUAUUGGUCCCUUCAAGAAUCGUUUGAAUUAUAGCUUGACCAAUAUCGCCCUCUUGUGGACAAAAUGAAUUCUGACUAUUCUAACGCCAAAGCAUUUCUAUAAACAAAAGCCAUAUUUAACUUGUUUGUUUUUGAGGACCUUAAACAGAAAACAGGGCACUGGUGUAACUUGUGUAUAUACAGUAUUUAUUUCUGUUAAUUAUUUGUCUUUUAAAGGAUAAAUGUUGGUUCUGACCUUUUUUGAUACAGUAACCUUUGACACAUUUAAGGCACUUGACUGAACGACUCAUUAUUUUUGAUUUACAGAUGCAUUUUUAUUAUGUUCAAAGUCAUUGGUUUAGUUUAUACAUUUGAUUCUGAAUAUUUUGUUGUGAAUUUGUGUUCUGAAGGAUUAGACCAUACGCUAUGUUUGCAACAACCACCUCCUGUAUGUGAGGUUUAUAAAGACUUUAAACGUU